AUGAAAGAAGACAUUCCAACUUCAUGCGUUGCUGCUGUUUUCUCGGACAUCGAGCCUGAUGCACAAUUGAAAGAUAUCGAAAAGUUCAUGCGUGAUCAUGGCAGUGCGAUCAAUUUAGAUAAUAUUGCAGGCGAAUUGGAAGAUAAACUUAAAUCAAUCAUUACCGAUUUGAAGAACAUAAUUGGAGAAUCCAUUCCCGAAGGAGAAAUGGAAAUGUUCCUUAACUCGGUGAUGAGUUUGAUUUUACUUAUACCGGAAGAUAAAAUCAAUAAACCAAUUGUGGAAUUUGCCGAAGCAAUUACGAGCGCUAAUGUACCGGAAAAAUAUGGACCGAUGCAACUUCGAGUAUUAACCAAUUUGAUUUAUGUUGUGCCGGAACGUAUUACAGCAGAAAAAUAUCAGAUUUUACUUAAUUUAAUCAAAUGUGCUCGUGAUCAUCGAUGUAUUAACGCCGCUUCAGUUGGCAUCAAUCAGGUCAAAAAAUGGAUCAGCGAUUGGAAAGUCCCAACCGAACAAGUUCAAGAACUCUAUCGAAGUAUGCACGAAGCUUACACAGUUGCCGGUGAUUCUGCGAAUGCUUUACAAAUGUCACUUGAGCUACUUGGUACAUAUACAAAAGAAACUGCAUUAAAAGCUCGUGCUGACGCCGAGAAAUGUAUCAUCACUAGUAUAAAUGAUCCAAAUGUCUUCGUCAUGGAUCAUUUACUUCUGCUUGAACCGGUGAAAGUUCUUGAAGGUGGAACCAUUCAUAAGCUAUUGAACAUCUUUGUUUCUGGUCGAUUACAAGAUUAUUUAGAUUUUUAUGCUGCACAAAAAACGGCUAUAGAAUCUCAAGGUGUUAAACAUGACCGAAACGUCGCGAAAAUGCGUGUAUUAACAUUUCUUCAAAGCGCUGAAAAUCAAAAGGAAGUUACCUUCGAUACCAUCGAAAAAGAAAUGCAAAUACCCACAGAUGAGAUCGAAUCAUUCAUUAUCGAAGCUGUGCGAACGAAAAUGAUACGUUGCAAAAUUGAUCAUCUCGCGCGCAAAGUCAUCAUUGACAGUACUGUUCAACGAACAUUCACAAAACAACAUUGGGUAUCUUUGAAAGAGAAAUUGGAAGCUUGGAAAGCCAAUUUAAAUAUGAUUAACAAUAAUCUAAAGACAAUCGUUGGAACGAGCAAAUAG